AUGUUUUUAGCUAUGCAUGAAUGUAGAAAAAUAGAACCAUUUUUUCGUCAUCAUUUUCAUACAUGUGAAAUAUUUAUUUUAAAUAUUCCUCAUUAUGGUCUCUACAAUUUUGCUUAUUCCAAUAAUUCUGAUAAUGUUCUUAUAAGUCUUAUUGUUGAACAUGGCACUCAUACUCAUCGUGUUAAUUAUGACGAAGAGAAUAGAUUCAAGCCACAUACAAUAAAAAUAAAUCGUUUCGAUCAAGUACUGUUUCAUUUAUCAUCAGCAACAAGAGCUAGUAUAAUAUAUCAAACAGAUGAAUAUGGUAAUCGAUUAGAACCUGAACAAAUAUUAUUUCAAUCUCAACAAAAUAAUAUUGAUUACAUUAUGAAACAAUUUUCACAAUUAGGUGUCUAUUAUUUUUCAACGGAUAUUAAAAAUCAUGAUAAACGAAAACGUAAACAAUCAUCAACAUAUCCAUUAGCAAUAAUUGUUUUACCUGAAAUUCGUUUUCAUUAUAAAUCAGUAGAUAAAGGUAAAUUUGAUUCUGAAACAGUAAUGACAACAAAUACAAAUGAUUUUUUUAUUUGGAAAUUUGAACGAACUAUUUCUCAUGAUGUUAUACGAUUACGUUCAAAUGCAACAUUCAAAGAUUUAAUAUCAUGUUAUGAGAGAGCUAUUGCUGGAAAAAAUCGACGAUGUCUUGCUAUUGAUUGUAAAUCUAUUCCGCCUGGGGCAUCCUUUUUUUGUAAUCCAGACUUUGAACAAGUUACUGGUUCAUAUCAAGAUCGAUUUAUAUCAACAAUUAUUAUUGAUCCACCAUUUAGUCAAUACUCUUUUAUUAUAACUAAUAAACAAUUUGUUCCCAAGGUUUUAUAUAUUAAAAAGAAUGAUACAGUAUCAUGGAUAUUAAAAGAUAAUCAAUCAAAUCAUCGAAUUUAUGUACAAUCAAUUGAAAGUGAUGAUCAAGACGAUGAAAAUAUUCCUAUUCAUCGAAAUAUUGCUGAAUAUGUUAACGGUGUUUAUCAUUUACAUACAUUUAAUAAACGAGGAAAAUAUAUUAUUAAAUCUAAUGGUUUUCCGAGUACGGCAACUGUAUUUGUUGAUUUGGAUAUUGAUAUUAGAAGUUCAGAUAAAAAGAGAGAAGUUCAACAACCUGAAAUACGUGAAGAUAUCUAUCCUGUUAGUCCAUUUGAUACACAAAUACAUUUAGAUUGUCCAAAUCAUCGAAAUAUUAAUAUUUAUUAUACACUUGAUGGUUUACCUCCAACACAACACGAUAAAAAUGUUCAUUUCUACGAUUCAAAUAGAGGUGUACGUUUUCGUGCACCAGGUUUGCAUGUUUUACGUGCUUAUUCAACAGAAGAUAAGAAAUUAUCAAGUUCUAUUAUAACAAGCAGUCCAACAUUUGUUAUGGAAGAUGAAGAAUUCGAACCUUCAUGGAAUAAUUGCAAACUAACACUACCAGACAGUUUAUCAGUAUCAAAUGAACCAAGUACAAUGUUUUCAAUGGAGGCACAUAUUGGUGUUCGUGAUAGUGAAUAUAAAACAUUAAGCACAAUCGAAAUGAGCCGUCAGAGAAGUGAUACGGAGGAUGAUGAUGAUAAGAAGAAUAAGUAUAAGAAUCUAAAAGAACAUCAACAACCGUCUACUUCUACUGGUCCAUCAAUAACACAAAUAAAACUUGAUAUACAUAAAACAAAUUCAAAACUAAAAGAACCACCAAAGAGACCAACAGAAAAAACUCAUGGUGAAACAUCCGUUUCACUUGAUGAUUUUAAUUAUCGAGCAGAAAUUCUUCUUAAAAAAUUAACACGAGCUAUUGAAAAUCGUUCAAAAGAAUUAAAUUCAACCCGUAUACAUCCACAUACAUCAUAUCCUGGUACUUAUCAUUAUAAACACAAUUAA